GGGGGCAGCACAUCAUGCACGGGCGCGGGGACGGCGGCGGCGCCGGCGUCGUUGAUUUCAGGAUUUGCCGGUGGGAGCAGCUGCGACGAGCUGAAGGGCAGCGACGAGGGCAGUUAGAACGGCUUGUGAACUUCAAGAUGCCUGCUGGAUGCGGUGAUUAUGUUGAAAGGAAGAGUGUGCUUGGGUCCUCGCAGGUUGCCCGCGGGCGGUGUUCGCCAGCAGGGUUUCGCCAGUCUAGAGGUUCAAACUGAAGAAGGGUUCACCAGAUUCCACCCAACAACCGCGACCCCGUCAAAUAAGCCAAUUCCGAGUCUGUCCGUUGUUCAAUCCGACUGAUGAGGAUGUUCGUGAACUCCGCGGGUCAUGAACUCGCUCUCAAAUGCAACGGCGUCCUCAUGGCCAUGCCUUCAUUUUCGGAGGUUUCGAUUCUGACAUGCAUCACACAUAGUUUUGACGUCCCUUUCCUGUAUGUAGAGUCACGCCGCUGCAUUCUGAGGCAUGAACGAAACGGCAUGUUUAUUGCCAUCAGUGUCUCUACUGUGGAUUUUGGCGGCUUUUUUCUCAUUGUACUGUAGACUGUAAUGUACAGUCACGGUGUAGGAAAGUUGCAAUAAGAGCGGAGUUUGUGCCCGCGGAGUUCAUUGUCAUUUGACAGCGGCCGCAGCUGCAGGCUCCACAACCCCCACAAACCCCACAUUCGACGAGCGGGCCUC